AUGUCCCAAUUCCCUGAUUAUUACAAGCUCCUCAAUGUUCCCAAGUCUGCAACCCAGGAAGAGAUUCGUCAAGCCUACAAGAAGGAGUCGUUAAGGACACACCCGGAUAGACUUGCUAGUGCAACUCCAGCUGAAAAACGGGAGACAACCGAGCGCUUCCAGGCUGUAGCAGACGCGUACUACGUCCUUUCGGACCCCAAACGUCGACAGGAAUACGAUAACCUAUACAAGUCUCGUGCGGAUAGGUCCGCGAAUCCCGAAACCUCGUCAAGCUUUUUCUCCCAAUUUGCUCAUUCUUUUGGAGGCUCGAGCUCUGCUCAAACCGGUGCCGCCCAACCAGACGCAAAUGGUGUCUUUGCUGAUGUUUUCGAUGAACUAUUGCGACCAGAAGUGGAACGACGUGUCCCUUGGUGGAGUUAUUUGGGUGCAAUAUCGGGCGCAGGGAUAGGCUUCAUCGUCGCCAACCUUCCUGGACUUAUGUUGGGAGCAGUUGCGGGUAAUCGACUAGGGGCCGUCAGGGACGCGAAGGGUAAAUCUGUCGCUGCCGUUUUCAAUGACCUUGGUGGACAGCAGAAGGCUGAGAUUCUACGGGCUUUGGCCAUGAAAGUUCUGGGUUCCGCUCUUUAG